UGAUUCUAAUCAUUCUUGCCGUACUUCUCGCACGGAGGCCUACUAUCGUUUUUCUGCUGAUGGGCGCUGCUGGCAAGACUUGUUUAUCUAAUUGACAGUUGAGAAAUUCGCUAGUUUAGAAGUUUAAGAAAGGAAUAUUUCUGUAAGACUUCAGGUUUAUUUCGCAAUAUUUUAUAGCCAUUUAUAAUGUUGGUCCUGGUGCUGGGCGACCUGCACAUCCCGUACCGCAGCAGCAGCCUGCCGGCCAAGUUCAAGAAGCUGCUGGUCCCGGGCAGGAUACAGCACAUCCUCUGCACCGGCAACCUGUGCACCAAGGAGUCCUACGACUACCUCAAGACGCUGGCGAACGACGUGCAUGUGGUCAGCGGCGACUUCGACGAGAACCUGAAGCACCCAGAGCAGAAGGUGGUGACAGUGGGCCAGUUCCGCAUCGGCUUGUCGCACGGGCACCAGGUGGUCCCUUGGGGCGACCCGGAGUCCCUCGCCUUCAUCCAGCGCCAGCUGGACGUAGACAUUCUCAUCUCUGGCCACACCCACAAGUUCGAGGCCUACGAGCAUGAGAACAAGUUCUACAUCAAUCCGGGAUCGGCCACCGGAGCGUACAGUGCUCUCGACACGUCCACAAUCCCAUCUUUUGUAUUACUGGAUAUUCAGAGUGGAUGUGUUGUCACCUACGUAUACCAGUUGCUUGGAGAUGACGUGAAAGUUGAAAAAAUUGAGUACAAGAAGAUCUGAUGAAAGUUAAUGUAAAUUGGAUGAAAACUCUUUAUCUCUGUGAGAUAAUGUGAACAGUGAUAUUUUGUGGGGGUGAUUGAAUAUUCUCCACAGUGUAAAUAAUGAAAUCUCAUGAUUUAUAGAUUAUUUGAAACAUGAUUGAUUAUAUAUAUAUGUAUGUAUUAUUGUUCUCUGUAUUCUACAUGCAUUGCAAUAUGUACCUACAUAUUUAAUGUUAACUUUACGCAAUAAGCAUUUGAUACAAAACAUCUUAAUACACUGUUUUAGUAAUUAGAGAUGACAAUUUUUUUUAAGCUCUUAGAAUGGGCUUUUGUACAAAAGCUAUAAUUUUAAGAUAUUGUAGAGUUAUAACAAGAUUUAGCAAAAAAAAACUCCUAUAUUGUAAUAAAGUUGUUAUGCUUAUGUUGUCUAUAAUUCUAUUUUUACCAUAGUUGGUAUUUAUAUAGCUGAUACAAUCGAGAAUAUUUCGUGCAGGAGGGAAAAGCAUUUUUUUUUUAAAAAAAAAAAAAACUUUUUUUUUUUUCGUACUUAACCAUGUUAAUUUUUUUACUAAACACACAUUAGUUAAUUAUAUUAGGUAUUUUGGUUCUGAGCAUGUUCAAAUGAAAGCCAUACAACAUCCCGCUUUCUGCCACUCCUGUUGAAUCAGCAAAGUUAUAACAUCAAAGAACUGAAGUCUAGCAAACCUGCACCUCUGUCUGGGACUACAACACAAAAAGGGUAUUUGCCCACAGGGGGAGGGAUUCUCCAUAGUAAGGGGAUUUACAGUAGUAGAUUUUUCCCAAGGAAUAGGAAUUUUUUUUAAAUAAUAAAUUUUAAUUUUUUUAAUACUUUAACUACAAUUCAUUAAUUUAAUUUUAGAAGUGUAUUUAGCUGGGUAUAAUUUACAGCUUGUUCAGAUAAUUAAAAUAUGAUCUUGAUUAGUGUAUAAUUUUUUGUUCCUGUAAAUCAAAAGAAACAUUAAUGAGCAAACUAUUGUUCAUUAAUGAGCAAACUAUUGUUUUUAGAGUGGAAUCAACCUUUCAUUAAAAUUACGAUAUAUUAAAAAAUACAUUAUUUAAAAAAAACAUUUUUUAAACUUGUUUAAAUCAUUCAUUUCAGCUAGAUAUAGUACAUAUUAUUUAAGCAAACUACCAGAAAGUUAAAUGUAGUUUUAUCCUUAAAACUUGUUAUUGAAACUAAUUAACUAUUGAAACUAAUCAAAACAACUAUUUUUUAUUAAUUUCAUUAUUAUUACAUUUGGUAUGCUUAAGGUAUAAUUUAUUAAUAAAAAAUUAACAAUGAUAAGAAAAUGAUAAAAAUAAGUGAUUAAGAAAAUACCCAGGGUGACGAUUGGUCGGGAAAUUCGGGAAAACCUGGAAUUACCCAGGAAUAUUUUGCCUCUGGAAAAAUACUGGAAAUACCCAGGAAUUUAUUCACCCCUCGGGAGAUUUGCUAUUCUUCCAUACUGUAAUUAUCGUCUAACGUUAAAGUUGUUGAUUAUGUACAUCUGCAAUUAAAAUCGAUAUUGAAUAUAUAUAUUAAAUAGCAAUGGAUUGUGUAAUAUUUAUUUUUAGAAUAAGAGACGACAUGGGAGAGUCAGCAUCCACAAACGAAAGCAUGAUCGGCAAUCCUGACGCCAUUCAUGUUUACGUGUGUGACUGUGACACUCAGAGAAACAUUUUCAGAACCUGACGCCAGAGCGCAGCAGAAUUAAGAUUGUUUACCGUGCGUAAUUCCAAUUUUCUUUAAAAAAAAAAAAAACAAUGUUUAAUAUUAUAUUCAUUUGAUAAUUUAUGGAUUCAGUUUAUUAAAUUUUCAUACAGUAUAUCUUUUAACUAAUUGUUGUUUGGUUUUAUAACAGCUAAUACUUUUUUAGGUGUAAACUUUUAUCUUGUCAAUAGUUGGCAACACUUCAUCUAAUGCACCAAUAUCAUUGUAUCUGCAAUGUGCAUUUGCACGGAAAGUAACGUAAUUCGGCAUUUUGUUAGGAUAUGUUUACGUAGGCAGGCUUGGAAGUAAAUUUAUAUUUUAAGUAUAAUUUAGUAUUACAAAGAACGCGUAGACUUAGUAUAGAAAAUGAGUUAAAUAUUCUGGAAAAAUGAAAAUAAAUUUCUGGAAAACCUGGAAAUACCCAUGAAUUUUAUUCUAGGGUUGGAGUAGUCACCCUGAUACCAUUUCAGGGGGAAAUAGAAUUUAAACAUUAAACAUUUGCUUUUAUGGAACAACAAAACCAGAGAAACUGGCAUCAAAUUUUAAUUUUUUUUUGAUUAUCUUGUAAACUUAAGCCUCAUUUAAAAUAUUUACCUCAUUUAUAACAUUUAGCGUAAUAAACUGUCACUUCAUGCAACGUUGAAAAUAUUUUGUUAAGUUAGCAAGAGACAUCUGCAAUUAAAUGCGAUGGUAGCCUGAAGUUUUCUAUCUCAACAUGAAAAUGCCAACACUUAAACAAAAAUUGCGGAAAGUGUUUAGGCAUGCUUUGGUAUGUUCCUUUUGAAAUUUAAGCCUUUUUGGAUGUGCUGUUGUUUUUUAACAAUAGUAUGUGUGUCAGUGAGCAUUUUUUUUUGUGAAAAUUGAAAAAUGUAGUAGUGAGCUGUCAUUAAAAUUUUUUUUUUAAGGCAGAACCCCUACACAAGAGUUAUUCCACACCAAAUCAACCAAUGGUCAAAACAUGAUGUCUUAAAAUCUUUAUGAUUUUUUUUUAUGUGAGAUAGUGUUAGCUUAGCGGAUAAAUAAAAAGUUUGAAUUUUUUAUCAUCUCUGGUUUUAGAGUCAUAAAUUUUUGAAAAAUUAAUAAACUCAAGUUUGUAGGAACAUUUUGAUAUAUUAAAAGCAUGUAACUCUUAAAACCAUUUGCCCUAGAAAGCUAAAAUUUGUACCAUUUUCUUAAAAUGACAAGGGCUUUAAUUUAACUUGAGUGUAUCACAUCACUUUAUAUUUUAUACCAAAUCUCUUUAGUAAGAUGUGUACAAAGUUUUAUGAUGGUAUUCCAAUGGUAUCAUAUUGAAAUGAUUUUUUUAAUGUAAAUUAAUGUGUAUGGAAAUUCUGUCAAUUCAUUACUUGUUAGCCUAAAUAAAAAUUAAUCA